GUUUACUUAUUCAUAGAAUACAGUGAAGAACAACCCCAAACACAAUCAAAAGAUAUUACUACGUAGAUGUAGCAUACCUCUUGUUGAUUUUAAGAAAUCCCCGCGUACUUUGCGACAUACGUCAAAAUACGUCACCACAGAGUCUGCAGCGGUACCGGAAGUUAACGUUUUAGGCAUGAAAAAUGAAGUGUUUAAUAACCAUGGUUAUGAAGGCGUUGUAAUAUGGUUGUAAUUGGGCUAGUACGGAGUCCUUUUUAAAUUCCUUGAGCAGUGGUAUGUUGAAUGGGUAGCUUUAGUGCAUAGCUACGGAAAUGUUUUACGAAAGGAACUGAAUUGAUAAGAUACAUGUUAAACAUUUGGCAAGAACUCGAAACCUUCCAUUAAAAUAUUCAGAGGUUAGCAGUCGGCUGUGUAUCGGAGAACUUGAGGUGCUGUGCAAAUGGGAUAUCACUGAUAAACUAUAAUACUACAAUACUAAUCAUUUGUAGUAUGGCGUGGUACGUGUGUUUGGUUUUAUCUUUGGGGCUGCACCUAAAGCCUUGCACUACAGUAAAUGCUUCAAAAUUGAAAGAGCUCACGAGAGAGAGUUUCCUGCGUAUAAUGCAAUCAGGGAAGACAUCCUUCGUUUACUUUGGUAACCAUGUUACUCCAACAAUUGGGCUUUUCCUGGAGCAGCUGGAAAAAUCUGCAGAUGCUUUAGAUGAUUAUGGCAUUCUAGUCGCUAAGGUGAACUGCAGUGAAAUACCUGUCCCGAAGUAUUGUACAAAGGAACUCGUUAUGAAGAAAGCAUAUUUGUUUCGGGGCUCUGAGCUUAUGAAGAGCUUUGUUACUGACACCGUAUUUGAUGUCAGUGCCAUUGUGGCUCAUGUUCUUUUUACUGUGCUCUUUAAUGAACUGAGGAAUGUACAGACACCAGAGGAGCUCUGGAGCAUAGAGAAGAAUGUCAAAGGGAAGGCUGACAUUGUUCUUGCGCAGAUUGCGACUCUAGGACUCCCAGAGCACAGAGCAGUGAUGGAGGCUGCAUUUGUUUAUGGAGCCAGAUACCAAUUUGUGCUGACAGCAGGAGGCUCAGUGAUAAAGUAUUUGGGUGUGGAAGACUCAUCCCCUCCACAGUCACGCUUGUGGUUUCUGCACUGUAAAGAGGUCUUGCAGCAGAGUGACCCCUGCCCCCACACAGUCAUGAGGAGAGCCCUCACUACACUGAAUAUCUAUACCUUCCUACAGUUGAUGGAAGCACCAUUAGUGACGGAGGUGUCGGCUGACCCAUCAGAGGUGAAACUGCCAUACAGCCAUCUGCAUGCACCUCUGCUCUUUCUCUUCUCUCAAGCCGACACCCUUGCUCUCGACAGAGUGACUGCUGAGACUUUGGCCUGGAGGCUUCGGGGUCAGCUUGUGGUGGUUCUCAUCUGCAGGGACAGCCUGGAUGUGAAAACAUCUAUGGAAUAUAAUGCUGCUUACAGGCUUCCUGGAGAGGGAUCAGAAAUAAAAUACUUUACCUUAAAAAGCACUGAGGAAGUCGUUGAUCUAUUCUGGGAGAAGAUGGUUCAGAAAGAAGAGGAAGAGGAUGACUACAAUGAUUGGACUGUCCUUGAUGUUUUAGAUGAUGAGGUGGUGGAUACCGUAUAUCAGUACAGGGAUGUGGAGUUGGAUUUGGGACCAGUAUCUGAAUUGACAACACAUACCUUUGGUGCAGUUGUGAAAGGAACAAAUAUUAUUGUGGUGCUCUUCUUUGUCAGAUGGGAUGCCCUGUCCAUGGGUCUUUUGCAGUCUUUUAAAGAAGUUGCUAAUACAUUAGAAGGCAUGCUUGCAGGGAUUCCUAACAUGCUGCUUGCCUCAGUGGACUGUGGUGAGUGGGUGGACUUAUGUGGCAGCGAGAUGGUCUCUUCCUUCCCCACAAUAAGGACGUACCGCCGCUGGGAGCCACCGCAAACAUACAGAGGCAUACUGGGAGCAGAGGCUCUGCACAGCUACAUUAGCCGGUGCCAUGUGGCGCUCCCUGUCAUCUUGUUCUCUGAGAAUGAAGUCUGGUCCUUCCUGAAGGAAGACAUCUACCACAGAUACACUUCGCUUUCUCCUGGCACAGUUCUAGGCCUUUUGAGUUCAGUUCAGGACCCAGGAAGGUUUAUGUUUGAAGAAGCCGCAAGAGUUCUGAGGGGUGAAACUACACUUGGACUUUUUGUAGAUGACCAGGCAGAGAAAUGGGCCAAAAAUUAUGGUGUUCAGCUCCCAGCCCUGUUUGUCUGCAGAGGUCUUGAUGUCCCUAUGGAGACUUAUUCCCUUCAUCUUUCCAAUACCCAAGAGUUGGUAGCAGAUAUCCAGAGAGCUCUACGAGGGAGUUUUCCUGAACUGACUGUGGAGAGCCUACCCCUGUACCUUGAUGUCAAGAAACCCCUGUUGUUACUCUUCAUGGGAGAUGAUGAGAAAAUAAAUAAGGAUCAACGAGUGCUGGAAAACAAAGAUGUCAGAGCAGACCUGCACAGCCUCAUUGGUACAAAACAGUUAGACUCGUACAUGCUUUGCUGGAUACACUUAGGUCGGACUCCAGUAGGGAGAGCUGUGCUGCAGUCAUACUUGGGGUAUAUACCCCAGCUGCCUGCCCUGGUACUGUCCCACCUGGGCUCAGGGAUAGAGGUGUUUCUCUAUCCUCCUGAGGCACCUCUAAUGUCUGACACUGUUCUACAGUGGCUAGACAGAAUAGACCGCCAGGAAGAACAGCCAACAGGGUUCAUUUUGGAUAAAAACUGGGGACCCCCAGUGUCUUUCUACAACUUCUUGUCUAUUAUGGAUCAGCAGUUGCCUGGUUACGCUGCUCAGAGAACUCCGGAAUCAACAAAGAGGGGGAUGGAGGCAGAACACAGAGAUAAACAGUCUGGUCAGACUGAACAAGGAGCACGUGAUACUAAACACUGGCCACAGGAACCUUCACCUCAUCAACACUAUGAACUUUGAGACUAAGCUGGCCUGUUUCUGGACUAGAACAGUAGAAGUGUCAGUUUUUAAGUAGCAGUGUUUGCCUGGAUUCUGCUGACUGAAUUCCCUCAGCUUUGGGAAUCUAUUAUUUUCACUUAGCCUUUCUGCUGCGUGUGCUGUGUGAAUUAAUUCCAGUUCAUUUCACUUUGUAUUUUUGCCUAUGAAAGCUGCAUGUUUUAAAUUUGGAGCCGUUUUUCUACAUUUAUUAUAUGUUAUUACAUCACUGGAAAACAAACUAUGCUAACCAUGUGAAAUUGAUUGAAAUUGCUUCCCCAGCCCCACAUCCCAUAAACUCUGGAUUGGGCCAAUGCUCUUGCUGAAAGUAGAGGGCAUGUCAGCCAUAAACUGCUAACUAGGGAUAUAGCACCAUUCAUCAAGCUUGGUCAUCAGGUUAGCAGUCCACUGUCACUGGGCAGAGCCACUAUUCUGUGUUGUUAAGCCCACCUACACUCCCAUGCCUAAAUGAAAUAUGGUUCAUACUUCUGGUUGUAUCCCAGUAUUACCCAACAUCAAAUAUAAAUUUAAAAAUGAUGAAUAUUGUAAUAGGCAAGCUGGUAUUAACAUAAGAUAAUGCAUUUAAGUUUCUCCUGAAAAUUAUUUUAAACAUUAAAGUCUAAACAUAUUUUAGUUAUUUUAUAGAAAGAUGUACAUUUGGUGUUUGGUACAUCAAUAUUAUUGGUUAAGUGAUAUAACCCCCAUAUCCAAAAAAAUCAGGAUGCUAUGUAAAAUGUAAAUAACAGAAUGCAAUGAUUUGCAAAUCAUACAACCCAUAUUAAAUUGAAAAUAAAACAAAGAUAACAUCAAA